GGCUAUAUUUAGUUUAUGUUCUUGAAGUGAAGCCAUUUUCUUAUGAAAAUUAUUUCAGUGGAGUAUAAGUGUUUUGAAUUCAAUUUAUUUAAGCAUAUUGCGUGAAUCUUACGAUCUGUAAAGAUUUCGACUUUCUUCAUCAAUCAGUGAAGCUAUAAAUUUGACAAAAUGGUGGAUAAAAUAGAAAUGAGCUUGGAUGAAAUAAUAAAAUCUAACAAACCACGUCGUGGAGGAAAUACUGGGGGAAGGAGAGGCCGAGGAGGUGGACGUGGUACAAAAACUGGAGGUGGACCUCCUAGAAGAAAUUUCCGUAAUUCUAGUUCUGCCGGAGGUUCAGGUGUUCAGAGAGGAAGAGGUCGUGGAGGAAUCACUCGAUCCUACAAUCGGGGAGAUGUAAACAGUGCAUGGAAGCAUGAUCUGUUUGAAGGGUACGGACCAAGAAAAUUGGCCGCUGCCCGAGCAAUGGUCCAAGCUAAUAUGGGACCAACAAAACUGUUGGUCUCAAACUUAGAUUUUGGAGUAUCUGAUUCUGACAUUCAAGAACUAUUCGCCGAAUUUGGACCGCUCAAGAGUGCUGCAGUGCACUAUGAUAGAUCAGCUAGAUCGUUAGGAACAGCCGAUGUAAUUUUUGAGAGGAGGAGUGAUGCCAUCAAAGCCAUGAAGCAAUACAACGGAGUGCCUUUAGAUGGAAGAGCUAUGAAUAUUCAACUGACCACUUCAGAGAUUCCUUCACCAGUUAGAAGGAAUGGUCCCUCACCGCAAAAGUUCCAGAGUAGGAGUCCUAGGAAUUCUGGUGGAGGAAGAACAAGAGCUAGUAAUAGAGGAGGAAGACCUGCUAGAGGUGGUCGUAACACUAGAACGCCAAAGAAACAGCCAACUGCAGAGGAGUUAGAUGCCGAAUUGGAAGCUUACACGAAAGAAAUGAAGUAGAUUGUUGUGUUUGUGUAGAGUAAGACUUUAUGAGAAUGUGAUUAACAAGAGUUUCAUUUUACUUCAUUUUUGAAAUAUUUUGGUCAAUAUUGAGUACUUGUAAACUUAAUUCGAUUCUCAAUGCAAAUUUUUAAGAUUGUGCGUAUAACAGAUAUGUUUGUAAAAAUUUUAUUAGAAAAGUAAACCUUUAUUUAAGGAAUCUUUUUUAUGACAAGUACACGUUUGCAACAAUUUUUUUUUCUGAAUUUUAAUUGGUAAAAAGAUUACGAAUACGUUAGACUCCCUGUACAUGUGUGGUGCAGAUUGAAAUGUUGCCUUUUUUUUUUAAAUAAAUUACUAUAAGAAUCUUUAGUUUAUCUUUUUUUGCAGAAUUAUUUUCUGACAAAAUAUGUAGAAAUUUGAUUAAUUACUCUAUAAACAAGAAUAUAUUAAGUAAGGAAUUAAUUUAUAAAAAAAAAAUUGAAUAAUAAAAAUAAACUAGCCUUGGUACUGA